GGCAAAUCGAAUCAAGACGGCAAUCCACGCAAGCUCCGACAUGUACAAUCGGUACAUUCCUCCUCCCAAGGAGAAGCCAGCGUCUAACAAUUCGCAAGCAAUUCCCGCUUCAUACUCGGCCCCUUUCUCUUCGUCCCAACCAUACGCCCGCUACAUUCCCGGGCCAACAUCAUCCGCAGAGCCGGCCCAGCGUCCUCCAGCGCAGCCGCAACGGAUUGUCUUUGACGAUGCAGACCUUCCUCCAGUCGACCACACUAAGAGACAGCGGAUCAUAGAUGAAGAGCUCACGGGCACAAGAGAGGACAAGAAAGCAAAGAACAAGUCCAAGUCGAAAAAGAGCACAGAUGAAGGGAAGCUAGAGACCGAGGAAGAUGGCGAAGAGAGCCAAUUGACAGAGUCAAAGUCGCGCAAGCGCAAGAGGGGCGAAGAAGAGCCGGCCGCGAUUCCUGAAAAGGAGAUUCCAGAAGGAAGCGGUACAACCACCUCCAAUGGCGUUGCAGCACCCGAGGUUGAGACGGCGGACCCCGCGGCUGGGGAGCGCAAACUGAAACGGGAGAAGAAGAAGAAGAGGAAACAGCAGGACAACCUAGAUUCCGACAUGGCCGAUGGCGAUGCAGACCACAUCCGCAAGAGACACAGAUCGGUUUUCGAGAAGGUCCAAAAGGCCUUGCAGGCCAAACCCGAUGUGGAUGUGAGAAAGAAAGAGGAGGACAAGGAAGAAGAGGACACUGAGCCAGUGGUGGAACAUGGGCUUGAGCCGCUUCCGCAGCCAGAACCCUUCGUCCUUGAUGAGUCAAGGUUGACCUACGAAACCCUGCCUCCAUGGCUCGCGUCCCCGAUCAAGGUGACGGCCGAUAUGACACGGCCAUUCACGGAAUUGGGCAUCUCCCCAGAAUCAUCCAAGGUUCUUGAAUCCAAGGGAUUCAAAGAAGCAUUUGCAGUGCAGACUGCGGUGCUCCCCUUGCUGUUGCCUUCCCCGGACAGGCAAGGCGACGUGGUAGUCGCAGCCCCCACUGGAUCCGGAAAGACGCUGUCCUAUGUCCUGCCUAUGGUGUACGAUAUAAGCAAGGGUCGCGUCACCAGACUGCGCGCACUCAUUGUACUGCCGACAAGGGAUCUCGUCCAACAGGUGCAGCUCGCCUGCGAGUCCUGCGCCGCUGCGUUUGCCAUCAAUGGGGCCAAACGAGUCAAAAUUGGGACCGCUAUGGGAAACAGGGUGUUCAUGGAGGAGCAGUCAGUCAUUAUGGGCGAGGAGCAGAUUUACGAUCCCAAGGGGUACGAGCAGUAUUUGAAGAAGCAAGAUAGCUUUGUCGACCUGGAGGACUCCGAUAUGGAGAAUGACGACCUCGGGUUUGAGCGCGCUCAGCCGUUCCCCUACCACGUUAUCGCCUAUACCUCCAAGGUCGACAUUCUCAUCUGCACGCCCGGCCGACUGGUGGAGCAUAUCACCAAGACACCCGGAUUUUCGCUGGACUAUGUCCGCUGGCUAAUUGUUGACGAGGCCGACAAACUCCUAGCUCAACACUUCCAGCAAUGGUUGGAUAUAGUGACAGAUAAGCUGAGUGUUGUCAAGCCCGGGGCGCGCGACUUCCCGGGGUCAAACAAGUCUUGUGUUCGGAAGGUCAUUCUCAGUGCAACCAUGACACGGGACCUCAGUUUGCUCAACGGGCUGAAGCUCUCCAGGCCGAAGCUCGUCGUGGUCGAAGGGACCAAGGCAGGCGAGCAGAGCCUGCCGCCUCUUCUCAAGGAGUUCGCCAUCAAAAUCCGCGAGCCCAGUCUCAAGCCUUUGUACCUCGUGGACCUGCUCCACAGCGAACACAUGGCAUCUGUCAACCCGGGUGAUGUCGACGAAGCCUCUGAGGGAUCAGAGACCAGCGACGUAGAGUCGCCAUCCUCCUCUGAUUCCGAUUCCGGUUCCGAUUCUGAUUCCGACGCUGACGCUUCCGCCUCCCCAGGCGACGACGAUGACCAUUCCCAGCCAUCCAAAUUCAAGCCCCCCAUCAAACAACCCAAACUCGCCACGACAAUCCUCAUAUUCACCAAAUCCAACGAAGCCGCUCUCCGCCUAUCCCGCCUCCUCGCCCUGCUCGCGCCCGACCUAACUUCCUUGAUCGGCACACUGACCUCCUCCACCAAGACCUCGCGCCGCGCGCGAACGCUGCGCGCCUUCGCGCAGGGCAAACUGCGCAUCCUAGUGGCGUCGGACCUCGUGUCGCGCGGCAUCGAUCUGCUGAACCUCGAGCACGUCAUCAACUACGACGUGCCCAUCAGCGAGACGUCGUACGUGCACCGCGUGGGGAGGACGGCGAGGGCCGGGAGGAAGGGGUGUGCGUGGACUUUGCUGGAGCAUGCUGAGGCGAGGCGGUUUUGGAGGGAUUUUGCGGGCGAGGGGAAGGGUGCGGUGACGAGCAUUGUGAGGGCUGGGAAAGUGGAGAGGGUGAGGGUUGGGCCGGAGGGGGGCGAGUUUGAGGAGGAGAGGGUGAAGGAGUAUGAGGCUGCGUUGGAGAGGCUGAGGCUGGAGGCUCAGGCGGUGGGGAGGAAGUAGAUAGGGCGAUGAGAAUGGGAGGUACAAAGUGUUUUAUGUAGGUGUGGUGAUGGUCUUGAAGAGACGACGUCCAUGCCGUGGGUUUUGCUGAUGAAGUUGUUGAGAGUUUCCACUGCAUUGUGGGAUACAUGGAAGCACUGCUCUACAUGUUUCUCUCAAUUUCCCCUUGAGGCGCUGGGAGGUAGGACCGGGUCCGAAGGUAAGGGACGGAUGGACAAGUGUCCUGUCUACGUGUACUGACCCAUCCGGCCCCACCAUGCCGUUACGGCGCUGGCAAACAGACCACAACUUAGAGACGAUCUCCAGCAGCAGCGAUCGUAUGGCAGACUUGUUUAUUACUCAGUU